AUAUAAAAAAAAUGCAUCUAUACCACUACCUAUUUUGCAGGCAGGUAAUUUUUCUGCAAGCUUUGUAAACAAGGGAGUUUCUUUGCAUAGCAUAGACACUUGUACCAAGAUUUAUGCCUGCAGUAUCUGGCUUGUGGAACAAGAAUCCAAAGGCUGAUUCAUAAUUUUUAUGUGAGAAUCUUGGCAUUGCUCUAAGGAAUAACAACCAAACCAUCCAGUCUGAUGUGUGAUUUAUUUCUUGUAAUUGGCUGGUCUACCAAGUCCUACCAGGUACAUUGAGAACUUUUGUAAAGGCAGCUAAGCUGGUUGCAAAGAGCUCUGUUAAACUGAACAUACAGAGAAAUUUGUAAAUGGAAAGAAUAAAUAGAAUAAUAAACAACAUCAAUAACAAAGCAAUUUGCUGCAAGAGAGGUAAUUGGAAGUGGAAAGAGCACAAUGUCUGCACAGUUCUUUCUAGAUAUAAGAACACUGAAAGAAGAAAAAUUUUACCAUUAGGUAUCUAAUUUCCAAGGUCUGAAAUGGGAUAAUCAAAAGCUAUGCAAAAGAUAACAAAAAAAAAAUGCUUUCCAUUAAAGAACAGGAAGAGAACUGCAGAUGACCCUUUUCUAUACUUUUCUUUUGGGCAUAGCAAUGAACUAUGAGCUCAGAAUUGGCAUACAGGUGAGAUACAGCAGGGAGUGUGUGUGUUGGCUGGCUGGCAUCCACUCAGAUUGAACAGCUGCACUUGAGCAUAGUUUGCUACCUCUAGUUUGUGAUAAUCUAAAUUCUCUUUCCCGUACUGGGGAGAAGGGAUAGGCAAAUUUCAUCUGCUGACUAUAACUGCAUAAUGCUUGAGGAGACAUUUUACUCAAAAUAUUAAAGAUGCUUUUCACUGUCACCUUUGGUGCAGGGACUAUUUGUACAUAAGAAUAUUUCAUACAACAGUUUCAAUGCAUAAACUUUAGCUGAACACUGAAAACACAAAAAUGGCACAGGAUAUAGCAAUAAAAUUAGUGUUUCGUAGUGGCGACUCUUUAUAAAAAAUAUUAUAGGUUAGAAAUGAGCAUUUGAAACUGUUAUACACUGCAAAAAAACUCAACCCACUAAUUUGUGGAAAAGUGGUGAUUUGGAGAUGCAGAGACUUUGUAUACUGAAUGGCAUUUGACUGGCUGGUUAGCAACUAACAUGGAGGGCAUUUGGCAGUGUAAAUGUGUGCUUUGCAUUCACCAGUCUACACACACAGAAGCAGGGAUGAUUUGUUAAAGACUUGCACUGAUUUUACCACCUUUUGGUUAAGACCCAGAAGGAACAUCAGUUACCUGACUGCUAGACCCACAGAGGAACUUUAGCCAUCAGAAUACUGAGUGCUGAGUUUAACAUCUCUUAGGCCCCAUGAAACCUUGGGGAAUUCACAUAUGUUUUGGGAAGCCCUAGCUCCUGGCAUGAUACACUGUGUGUUCUUUCCAUUUCUACACUGAAAUCUUGGUUCUAGUGAGCCAGACAGGACACAAGCGUUUAUUUGUUCUAUUAUUUUAAUGCAAAUUAUUUGAAUAUAUCUUCUGUUGACAUGAUGGGUUUGACUGCAUGUUCCCUGAGAUUUGUAACAGUUGGUUCUUAUUUCUGAAAAAAACCAAAACUGAAUAUAAUACAAAUGCUUACAACACUAAUAAACCUCCCACUUCAAUAAGAGUCUUCUGUUCUCACCCCUUUUGGAGCACUAUUGCAGCAUGAACUUAUUGGUAGUGUACUACCAACAGCAAAGAAAACAAAAAAAUAAAAAAAAGAAACAACUCUAUGGCUUUGGAAAGGAGUGUGCCUAGUACAUUUCUCCUUUAAUAUUAUCAAAAGGUCAUAAUGAAUUUCAGAUCAGAAUCACUGUUCAGUUAGAAAGACAGGAGAAGACCACUAGAUGGUGGUAAAAAACUAAGCCUUUGCUACGAGAUCUAUGGAAAGAGAAGUCCAGAGGGGCAAAGAAGGGGAGGAGGAGCCACAGUUUGAGUACUGAAGUCAUAAUUGCUUGGAGUCUAUAAAAAGGCAGUUGCACAGUAAGUAACUUAUACCCGAUCAGCUUUGACUCUAUGGAUUUGCUCAUUCCUUUCCCUCUAUUUUUUUUCAUCUAUUCCCACCAAGGAAUCCCCAGCUCCAGAUGUUGGGAGAGGAGGGGGGCUGAAACUUCAGCUCUCUGGAGGAAAGGUUGCAGGCGAUGAAGAGGAAGAGCAGCUGAAGGAGCAGCUCUGAUAAAUAGGAUCUUUUGUCUUUCAGAAAAUGCAUUUAUCACACUCCUUGGCAAGCCCCUCAGAAGGAACAGAAUGUGUUAGCUUCCAGACAUGAACACAUCCUCUCAAUUGUAUGUUUCUGAACUAAACUUGAGUGCCUUUGGUAGCAACUUUACUGGGCCUACUGUCAAGAGCAAGUCAUCGCCAUGUGAGCAAGUGGUCAUUGCAGCUGAGGUGUUCCUAACUCUGGGCAUUGUAAGCCUGCUUGAAAACAUCUUAGUUAUAUGUGCAAUAGUUAAGAACAAGAACUUGCAUUCACCAAUGUAUUUUUUUGUUUGCAGUUUAGCAGUGGCUGACAUGCUGGUUAGUGUGUCUAAUGCUUGGGAGACCAUAACGAUAUACUUAAUAAACAAUAGACACAUCAUUAUGGAAGAUACCUUUGUCCGUCAUAUAGACAAUGUCUUUGAUUCAAUGAUUUGCAUAUCUGUGGUGGCUUCCAUGUGCAGUUUGCUGGCUAUAGCAGUAGACAGAUACAUCACUAUCUUCUAUGCCCUGCGUUAUCAUAACAUCAUGACAGUGAAAAGAUCAGGGCUUAUUAUUGCAUGCAUCUGGACUUUUUGCACGGGUUGUGGCAUUAUCUUCAUUCUUUAUUAUGAAUCAACUUACGUGGUCAUUUGUCUCAUCACUAUGUUUUUUACCAUGUUGUUCCUCAUGGUCUCACUGUACAUCCAUAUGUUCCUCCUGGCUCGUACUCAUGUGAAGAAAAUUGCUGCUUUGCCUGGGUACAACUCUGUCCGUCAAAGAACCAGCAUGAAAGGAGCCAUCACUCUGACUAUGCUUCUUGGCAUCUUCAUUGUUUGCUGGGCUCCAUUCUUCCUUCAUCUCAUCCUGAUGAUCUCCUGCCCUCAAAACCUCUACUGUGUUUGCUUCAUGUCUCACUUCAACAUGUACCUCAUUCUCAUUAUGUGCAAUUCAGUGAUCGAUCCCUUGAUCUACGCCUUUCGUAGCCAGGAAAUGAGGAAGACCUUCAAAGAGAUAAUUUGUUGCUAUAACCUGAGAAUGGUCUGUGGUUUAUCAGAUAAGUAUUGAGAAAGCAAAACUAAACCAAGGAAGAGAAUAGAAAUGCAACAUCUUACCACAUCUUAUAACUCUGCUGAAAUGCCUAUGGAAUAUUUUCUCUGUUCAGCUGUGAUGAUUUCUGCAGCAAUCAGAACCUAUUUUUUAACAUGUGAUUUUACAUUUCUUUCCCUCCACACACCUCUGUCAUGCUGAUGGUAGGAACUACUCAGUGUGUCUGUAUAAUGGGGAAAAGAAUAUUUUGAACCUCAUUUACUCUACCAAAGGCUGGAUUUUGUUAGGGGAUUAUACAGGGAAAGCCAUACUUUUCUUUCUGCUAAAUGCAAUGAGUGAGACCUGCCAUGUGACUGAACCCAUCAUCCUUUCAAUACAUGUUUCUUUUGAUAUUAUUUUUCUCUCUAGGAAAAAAAAAUUGUCUUCUAGGUAAAAAUAAGCCUGGCUUAUUUUGAUGCCCAGAAUUACCAGGUGGUGUUUUUUCUUUUUUUUUUUUUUUUGCUAUUUCUUUCUGAAGACAUAAAAUCAGAGAAGCAACUCCAAUUAUGAAGCUUCACAUACCUUGGUCAACAGUUAUGACCAAUAUACAUGCACAUAUCAGCAGUCUUGUAUUCCAGUCAUGACUGUUACUGUCAUAAAAUGUGUAUUAUGUAAGAGGCCUGUGUUACCAUGAGAUUUCCAGGCUGGAUACAGUACUUUGUCAUAUAUGACUAUCUGUGUUUUAAUCACACUGAUGUGUGAUGUAUCACAGGUGGAUUUUAAGGCUGAAUAUGAAGACUGAGCUGAUUUGUCUGUUUUCUUUAUUCACCAGGGCUAGGAAAGUAAAGGGUACAUGACUCCAGAUAGUCAUGUAAUGUUUUGUGAAAAUCAGAAGACUUGGGUGAGUGCCUGCCUUUGAACAGACAUUAGAAAAACCUUUUGGCUGCAAGGAGCCUCUGUUACUGGAGGAAGUUGUUCUGUAGAUUGUAUAUUUCAAGCUGGGAGAGAAAAAACAAGUUUGAUAAUCAAAAACCACAGCAGGCAAUGGCAAAAGAGGGAUUUCAAAACCUCAGGCACAUGUAGCUAUGACAAAGAGUCCUGACUUUUGCUCCCCAAAACAAGCAGAUUUUGUCUUUCUUCAGAGGACUCUAGGUUGAUACUCAUGCCUUUUGUAUGAGUAAUUUUCAUCUAGUCAUGCUUUCAUAAACGUGCUGUUCUGCAACAGCUGUGUAAUGUACAAAAUGUUGGAUUUAUCACAGAUGAAGGAACUGGAAGUAUGGCAUUGAUUUCUUCAUGAGCAUGGAUGGUGCAUAUCUUGCACUGUGAUUUAAGCUAUGAAAAUAUUUCAAGUGGUGGCAACCCACUGACUAGAUGUCAGAAAAGAUCUUGGAAAAAUGAGCUAUUCCUUCUGAAAUCUGAAAGAAUAAUGCUUGUUAUACUUGGUUUACAGAUGCAGUAAAACUCUUGUUCUCAAUAGAAGGAAUAUGAUUUAUUCCAUGGGUGUUAGGUUAUACCUUCAAGGUGAAAGUCCUAAUUCAGUUUUAGGAAAUUUUUUUACGAUAAGGGUGGUCAAACAUAGGAACAGGUGCCCAGUUGUUGUGGAGACUCCAUCCUAAAAGGUAUUCAGAACUUGACUGGACACAGCCCUGAACAAUCUGGUCGAAGUUGAAAGGUGACUGAGUUUGAAAUUGGCCCUGCUUUGAAUGAUUAGGAAUAGAUUACCUCCAUAGGUCCCUUCCAAACCAAGUUAUUUGGUGUUUCUAUGAAACAGUUUGCAUAUUAUGAUAAAAUGAUAAUUUCUCCCUUCUAAUUUUAUCUCUCAUGUAAGAAAAAUUGUAAGAUAUUCUCCUCCAAACAUUUAAAAAGAUAUUACACCUGUGUUUUCAUUUGCUUUGGAGGUCUCUAACAGGAGAAGUAAGGUGUACCUUUAGCACUAGAGUUAUACAUUUUGUCUGCUGCACCUCCAGCUCACACUUAUCUCACUCUAAUGUGGGAAUGUUAUUCUCAGUGAAGAUAUCUUAUUAUGCUGACUGAUAUAAUGAUUAUAUCAAUGCACUAGGUUCUGGAAUCUUCCUUCAGCUAUAUCUGAAAAUGGGAUUUCAGAGAUACGUUUGUGGUCAGUAGUGAGAAUCUUGCCUUGUUUCAGUCCAUCUCUUAACCCUAUCCGUAAAUACAACCUAAAUGUGGGCUCUUGCAACUAGGAAUGUAAAUGGCAAAAGGAGACAGUUCUAUUGCAUAGUGAAAGGCACCUGCUGAUGUAAAUAAAUCAUUAAAUCCUCACCAGGUAUUGCAAAUAAGACAGUCUUGUACAUAAUUGCAAAAUGACAAAGAGGAAGCCAAAAGCGUAACAGCUUUGAGUGUUUUCUUGAAUUGUGUAUUAAUUUGUUUUGUUUUGUUUUGUUUGAAGUUUGUUUGAUGUAUAAACACAGACAUAUGAAGAAACUAUUAAACUGGAUUGCUGGAAA